AGCGGAAGGAGAGGCAGCAGGUUCCCGGAUCGAAUCCCGGGGCGGUUCCACUGCUAUCAUCUGUGGGAAUGAUUAUGGCGGUGCAAGGCAUGUCCAGGCAGCAAGUGUGGAACAUUCAGCACGAUUUCAGCUACUUGGAUACUCCUUUCCUUACGCGGCGGACACGUAAAGCACCAGCAUCGUCACCAGCAUCAUCGUCAGCGACGUCCAAGCCAUCGUCCCCGCCCGUUAUGCGCAGCGAUGGGGGCAGCGUCAGCAGCAGCGCCAACGCUACUGCCGACGUGUCUCCUCAACUUCCCGCGCAACCGGUGAUGGCAACGGCAGUGGGACCCGACGGCUCGCUGUGGCGAGCGGUGCUUCGGGAGCAACGACCCAACCCCAGG